AUGCGCACGAGCAUGGCUUGUUGCGUCUACGCAGACAUUCGUGGUCACGCGACAAGACCAGUCUCAUUUACUACUGCCGCCUGUGAACCGGCCGCUCCCAAGCCACCCACAAUGGUGGCCUGCACCAGGAAUACAAUAUCCUUAAAAUGGUCGCCUCCGCAAGCAGAUAAUGGGGCGCGUAUCAUUGCCUAUCGGCUCGAGUACGCUCGUGCAGAUAUGGAGUCUCCUAGGUGGACGGAAGGCUUCUACGGCCCUCAGCGCUUCUGUAAGCUCCAGCAGCUCUUUUCUUCAAAUGAAUAUCUUAUUCGACUAGCUGCGAUCAACAUUCAUGGGCAGAGGUCAGGACUACUUGCAAUUUCUACUUGUGGCCCUUCCGCUGGUUUUACUAUUUCAUUAUUCCCACAUACGAAAAACGUAGCUUCUACAAAAAGGAAUUAUUAA